UUGCUUAUAUUGGCAUUACGAUCUCUUCUCGUUCCCUAUAAACCAGCCAAAAUUAUGGACAAGCCUUUCUCGUGGGUGCACCAAAGAACCACUUGCACGGCAGUACCAAAUCACCCCCACUCGGCCGAUAUGACAACGAUACCCCUAGCGACGUCCAACCUGUCGAUAUAUGAAUGGUCCACGCUAUAUCUCCCUGCGAGAACAGCCUAUUACUGUACACGUACAUGUACCGUACUUGGUCUGAUAAUCUUAUAAAUUCGAGAACCCCCGCCACAAACCACCACCGAAUUCCGUCCAGCUCCGCCAUACCCCACCGCCACCGCCGCUCAGAAUCUAAAACCCCUGAGCUGAAAGGAAAACAUAGCUGGAAUCCGGAGUAAUUCAAUGAACUCAAUCCCACAGCAAAACCAUGCGGCGCCGAAUUCACACACGGAAUCACAACAGCUACAAGCAGUUGAAAGAGAGCAAGAAGAUGAAUCUCACCGUCUACUGCCCACGUCGGCGUCCCCCUCAUCUGACGCCGUUCUGAUUAAAACAGUAGAAAGAUUCGAGGACGACGAUCAGGAAGCAGCGUACGAGGCCCGCGAGAAGAUCCUGAUCGGCGAUUUCGAAUUGGAUUCCCCGAAUUCUUCCAGCGUGCCGCCGUUUUCGUUCAAGAAGCUCUGGCUAUUCACGGGUCCGGGUUUUUUGAUGAGCAUAGCAUUUCUGGAUCCGGGGAAUCUUGAGGGGGAUCUUCAGGCGGGGGCAAUUGCGGGUUACUCGUUACUGUGGCUGUUGAUGUGGGCCACGGCGAUGGGCCUGUUGAUUCAACUGUUGUCGGCGAGAAUAGGGGUGGCAACCGGCCGGCAUUUAGCGGAGCUUUGUCGUGAGGAGUACCCAUAUUGGGCUGGGAUUGUUUUGUGGUUCAUGGCGGAGGUAGCGUUGAUUGGGGCAGACAUUCAGGAGGUAAUUGGAAGUGCGAUCGCUAUCCAGAUUCUGAGCCGUGGCCUGCUACCCCUUUGGGUUGGUGUUCUAAUUACUGCUUCUGAUUGCUUUAUGUUUUUACUUCUUGAAAACUAUGGCGUGAGGAAGUUGGAAGCUGUUUUUGCUGUUCUGAUUUCAACUAUGGCGCUAUCAUUUGCUUGGAUGUUUGCUGAUGCUAAGCCAAGUACAAAGGAGCUUUUAAUUGGUCUUUUGGUUCCAAAACUUAGCUCAAGAACAAUUCGGCAAGCUGUGGGAGUUGUGGGUUGUGUAAUAAUGCCUCACAAUGUCUUUUUGCACUCUGCUUUAGUACAAUCAAGGACAAUUGACCCUAACAAGAAAGGUCAGGUCCAGGAGGCACUCAACUACUACACCAUCGAGUCCUCGGCUGCCCUUCUCGUCUCCUUCAUGAUCAACUUGUUCGUGACGACCGUCUUUGCUAAGGGAUUUUAUGGAAGUAAACAAGCAGACAGUAUAGGCCUAGUAAAUGCCGGACAAUAUCUUGAGGAGAAAUAUGGUGGGGGUUUCUUUCCUAUUCUGUAUAUAUGGGGUAUUGGAUUAUUAGCCGCUGGGCAGAGUAGUACAAUAACCGGCACGUACGCUGGACAGUUUAUAAUGGGAGGUUUUCUUAAUCUACGUCUAAAGAAGUCAGUAAGGGCGUUGAUUACUAGAAGUUGUGCUAUUAUACCAACUAUAGUCGUGGCUCUGGUUUUCAACAAAUCAGAAUCAUCGUUAGAUGUACUAAAUGAAUGGCUCAAUGUGCUACAGUCUAUACAGAUACCUUUUGCUCUCAUCCCACUUCUCACCUUGGUGUCGAAGGAGCAGGUGAUGGGAGUCUUUAAGAUUGGCCCCACCCUUGAGAGAGCUGCAUGGACAGUGGCUGCACUGGUGAUAGUAAUUAACGGAUAUCUUUUGCUCCACUUCUUCCUCUCCGAAGUCAAUGGGCUGUUGUUCGGUUUCCUCGUCUCUGCUGGGACAGCAGCGUAUGUAGCAUUCAUAGUGUAUCUUGUUUCACAUAGUAAUAGUGAGCUUUCCAAUUGGCUAAGCCAAUUUGUACCCAAGAGUUUUAGUUACUCUGGAAACUAAGCCACCAAAGGAGCUCUUGUCCGGCUGAGAAAUAUUGAAAUCCAAUCAUUUACAUCGGUCUUGUCAACCCCAAAUAACUGAUGCAGACACGAGCAUUUCGGAACAGUGCUCCCUGCAGAAACGAAGAAGUUUUUCCCGAAAUGAUCUCUUACUUAACUUGCUGAAUUUGGUAGGUUCAUCCAUCUAAAUUCGGUAGCAGCUGUAUUCAACCACACAUUGUGGGAAUAAAUUGGAGCCAGAUGAAAACUGAUAAAAUUCUUGUUUGAUACAUCCAGGAGGUAAUUUUCUCUGUACAGAAUGGACAAGGGCAACAUUCUCUGCCAAAUGAAGGUGCUGUUGUAAUCAGAAUUCCACAUACCCAUUGUACUGUACUCAUUCCCUCUGGUGGAUGUAAAUAAGUUCAUUACUAAUCAAUUUUGUCCGGAUACAUGUAGUGUUUUUCUGUGAGUAGAAGCAAAUUGUAGAUUUUUGUAUGUGUUCCUGAUGGGACUUGUUGCAAUUCAUGCUGUUCUGUCUGUGAUCA